AUGCCGAGAAGUCGGCUGCGACCGCGGGAUCUCGCGAUCGCCUGGCUCGUUAUUGUCGCGGGCGUCAUCCAGGCCGUCGGCGAGCUGCGCCGGAAUACUCUCGGCGGUACUCCAUUCCCGGCCCGGCCAGGGCUCGACACCGGUAGUAAUUUUGCAAUGCCGAACUCGAUGAACAAGAAGCAGGCCCAGCCAAAGACCUUGCCGCUGAUAAGUGGUCCAGAAAUCCUCGAUGAUCCGGAAGCUUUAAUUAAUUCCGACUCUUACGAUCCCCGUCAGCGCGUCAAACGAAUCCCCGAUCUAUUCGAUUCUCCACCGGAAGCAAUCGAGAUUCCAUGGUCGAAUCAUUUGAGCCGUAUGUCAGAUAUUUACGAAUUAAUCAGGAAAAUGAGAUACGAAGGUGAGGAAGAACGGGAGGAGCACGACGACAACGACAACGACGACGAAGAUACGUGCGCCGAGGACGAUUAUGAGAAUGGAAACGAGAGUUAUUACGAGGACGAGGAUGAGGACAAGAAGGAUAUGCCGGGUCGGGAAGACGAGCGUCGGAUGAACGGACCGGAAGUCGAGGGCGUCAGUAACUACGACACCAACGAUGCCGAUUAUCACGACAAUUCAUACCAACAUUCCAAGCCUAGACCAAUAUUAAAGGCAACUGAUCGAAAAGCCAGUGGGGAAUAUUGCGAGGAGGAUGACGAGGACUAUCUGGUAAAGGAAAUAAAAGGAUUAAGCGAUAUGGGCAGGCGAAGGACAAAUGAAAAUUAUGGAAAUUAUGGAAAUUAUGGAAAUUCAGUGGAGAUGGCGACCGUUGAGAGAUCCGCGAAAGAUUCGCAGCUUUUCCACAACGUCGUUUCGUUGAAUGACGAGGGGGACCUACAUAAUUUGGCGAAAAUUAAUAAAAAUGAUAUUAGAGAGCUGAGGAGCUUACUCGGACAGACGAUUGCAAAGGUGGAGAGCUUACAUAGUGCCAUGUCCAAAGUGAAAAGUCCCACGAAUAACCAACGGCAGCUUAAUUCUAACGAAAAAUCGAUGAGGUCGCGGUAUCUCGUUGACGGUCAUCGGGGCGUCAUCGCGCCCUAUCAGCAACCCUACUGGGACCAGUGGACCUCCUGGACCAGCUGCAGCGUCACCUGCGGCCGGGGCCAUCGUAGCCGAACUCGACAUUGUCUCCGAGAUUGCGGGGAACUCGUCGCCCAGCACGAGGAGCGCCUCUGCCGCUUCCCCGGCUGUCCGACCAACUUCCUAUCAUAUUAGUCAUUAAUCCUAGAUUUAAGAGGGCUCAUCGACCCUCUGUUAACUCCCUUACGGGCCACUUUAGCUUAUCCGUACCCGAGCUAUAAUAGCUCUUCGACGCCUAAGUUGUGUAUAAGGC